AUGAAUACCGUCAAGUCCUUUUGGCUGGGCUGGGGCUCUCUGUGUGCCGCCGGUGGCGUGGCAUACUACGUCGCGAAGCGCAACAUCAACGCAGAUCGUCAAUCCCGGCUAGAGGAACAACGGAGGAGGAAGGCGGUUGCCGACUCGCUCGAGCACUCCCAAAACAUUGCGAGUAGAGGAUAUGACGAGCCAGCGCGAACGGACAUGGCGUACUCGCCGAGCCAGGAGUCGAGUAGCGACCCAGCACCGACACGACACGCACCCGUUACUGAGCAACAAAGGAUAGUAGAGAAGAGCAAGUACGAGAGCAGCCAGCCGUUCCGGAGUCCGAAAGGGGAUCGUUUUUCUUGA